GGCAGGCAGGGGGGCCAGGCUGGGGACGCGCAGAACGGGAUCCUCACGAGCAGGUCGCGGGCCGCGGCGGACACCCUCGGCUCCGCAUGGCCGGGAUGGCCGCCUCCGGGUUGCGGCUGGAGUCGCCGCGGGACAGAGUGGCGCGGAGUUCGGGGCUGUCGCCGGCAGCUUUCCCCGCGGCCCCGCGCGGUGGUCCGGCCUGCGCGCUUCCCGGUUGGGGCGGUUCGGCCCUCCGGAGUCGGUUCGCGAGCUGUCAGCGCCAGCGCCAGCGCUGCGGGGCGCGGGGUGGGCGCGGCCGAGCGGGUUCCGGAGCCGGUCCCCAGCCCGGCCCGCGACCCCAGGCUCUGCAGCUGCCCGCUCGGGCCUCCUGGGCCCCACACUUCCCGCCGCGCCCCUCGCUUUCGGCCCUCCCUCGCUCGCCAGCGGGUCGGUCGGGCACCCGAGACCCCGCGGGGCCGAGGCUGGUGACCCGCGGGCGACCAGGCCCCGGGCCGCGGCCACCUCGC